AUUCCCCCAACCACCCACAUCUCCUAUAAUUUCCCCCUUCUCCUAUAUGCCAUCCCUGGCGUCCUCUCUCUCUUAUUCCCCUUCCCUCCUUUCCCUCUCCCUCUCUCUCCAGGGCUGUUCCUCCACCGCCGGCUGGAGGGGCUCCGUCUCCUCAGGUCUCGCUGCCCCCGAUGCGCCCCUCGCAGGACACCCUCCCCCCGAUCGUCUCCGAUAAGGUCCUGCAUCACGAAGAGCAUGAGACGGGCUCUCUACCCCCAGCCUCGGUCACCCUCUUACGGCAACGACGAAAACUUCACGUCAUCAAUCCAUUGUGGUACCGCAACAGUCUGCUAGCGAGCGUGGGGUUCCUGGAGUUCGCCAAUGCGGGUGACUUUGCCGCUAAUGUGUGGAACGAUGUCCCCGUCCCGUUAUACGCCAUUAUCUUCAUGGCGAUCGGAGGCCCUCUCGCACUCUUGAUCAGCGGGUUUGCCGUCCGCGACAGUGUGCUCAGCUGGCAGAACGUCCGGAUCCUCCAACGAGAGCGCACGUACCUCAAAUCCCUACAGGCCCAGCACCUCGAAUGUCCCGCACCGGAUGCCACCACACUCCGUUUCAUCGACCGCCGUCUGGGGGUCAGCCACCGCGAACUGGGCACCGAACUGGUCGAUCGCAUCGUCAUGGACGUGUUCCUCGGGAUCGGCGGCCUUCUGGUCGGCACGGGCACCAUCAUGGCUAUCUGGGGCUCCGACCGACACGUAUACUUCAUCAGCAACCUGCUCUCGGGGUACGUCGGCAACUCCUUCGCGGCCAUCUACGGCAUCAUCAAUGCCAUCUGGUCCGCCUAUCUGGUCUGGCGCUUUCACAGCUACGAGUGCGCGUGCUCCCGGUCGGGGGCCAUGCUCGCCCCGUUCCGCGACCGACUCCAGCGUCGCUUCCAAUGCUUCAAGUGGCACGCCGUCGCGUCCGGGUGGACCGGCCUCAUCGCCGGUGGCGCCUCGAUGAUGACCUCCCGUCUCUGGGAGGGCUACGUUGUCCUCAUCCCGUGCAUGCUGUUGGAGGUAGCCUGCAACCGCUUCUGGCGCGGUCAACUUGGCUACGACCGUCCCAUCGUCGCCCCCGACUCUCCCCUCCACCGGGGCAUCUUAGUCCCCGAGUCUCCCUACAACCCAGCCAGCAGCAGCAGCAGCAACAGCAACAGCAACAGCAGCAGUCCGCAACUGGGUUACCCCAAGCCGACAAUCCCAGUUCCCGACCACAAAACCAAACAGGGCGCCACCAUCAACCCCGACGAAGAGGAAAAAGAAGAAGAUCGCCUACUCCUCGACGCCCUCUCCUCCGUAAUCAGCCUUCAAACCGCCCUCAUACCCGUCCUCCCCUCCACCCUCGUCCUGGAAGACGUAGACUGGACCUCCCUCGACUCCCUCUUGCUCUUCAUCGUCAACAACCACCUGUUCGACUGCCUCUGCGACUGGCUCGCUACCAACUCCGCCGUCCCCAAGGACUUCCGUCACCGCGUCUUCCGGUUAGCGACCAACCCAUCCUUCUCGGAGAUCACCGUCACGUUGACCGAUCUCCGCCAUCUGAGCGACGUAGAAGAUCGACCCCGCAUGCUGGAAAUGUGUCAACUCUUCUUGCAGACCGAAGCCCGGCAGGUGAUGAUCGGUCGCGAACGGUAUCUCCUUGAGAUGGUGGGUUAUACGAUUUGGAAGAACGAUUGAACCCCUUUCCUUCUUGGUUCUUUGCGCCAUUGGGACAGAAUCCGAAUAUGCAAUCAAAAUCACCCAUAGACUGGGUGUGUGUCGUCUUUCUGCAUGUCCAUUUGUAUAGAAAAUCAGCGGAAGCGAAUACCUGCUUGUUGUUUUGUGCUUGUUGAGCAUAGCAUAUAUAUUCGUGUUUGCAUUGUUGAGCGAUGAUGAGAUAAUGCGAUGUGAUGUGAUGUUGACCUGGUGCGAUGCUGGGUUUGGCUAGCUUUGGACUCGAAUUGUGGAUCGUGAGGUCGAAGUGAAGUCUGGGACUUUCAGUUUAAUGAUCUGUUUCAUCUCGAGUUGAGUCGAAUUCGGUUGAUCUCGAAUCGAGUCGAGUUGAGUCGAGUCGAGUGAGGAAGGAAGGGUGCCGGUUCACUUACUUUCUUUCGG